AUGUCGUCUCUCACAGAUAAGGAAGUGCAUCGAUACAUAGAAGAAAUAGUAAAGGGUGUUAAAGGUAUACAGAACAGACUGGAAAACGAUGUACGUGCUAUGUGCAAAAUACUGUCGCUACUACUAGAGGACUAUAAAAAAAGAAAUGGAAAUGAAGGAGACAUAUCUCAGAGACUAACAGGACGUUUUAAAGACAUCUAUAAAAGCCUAGAAUUACAUCUAAAAUUCCACCUCGGGGCUGCCGUGGUAAUAACUGAGCUCAAUACACUAGGCCAGAAGAUUGGAAUGACGCCCGAAGAACGGGACGCACUUCCAGGGAUAGAAUGUGCCAUUGACCCUGGAAGCAAAAUAUUGGAAAUUGUAAGUAUCAUUCUACAAAGUCUUUCAUUUUCUUUCUCUAUAAAAUUAGGAAAAUAUUGAACAUUCAGUGAUCGAGCUGACAACUCUUUGGUGAUCAGAACCGGGCUCUCUUACACAGGAAAAAAUAACGGAUUCCCGUUUUUGGAUAUUUUAGGGUAUUUGAAGAAUACCCACAAAAAUCCCAAAUUUGGAAGAGUGAGACAAGUCCCAAUCAGGGAACUUGGUUGGGAAUUCCCUGGUUGGGACUUGUCUCACUUUGCCAAAUUUGGGAUUUUUAUGGGUAUUUUUUAAAUAUCCUAAAAUAUCCAAAAAUGGGAAUCCCUUAUUUUUUCCUGUGUUACUUCUCGAUGCGAUUGUUCUUUAGAUGCAAGUGUUAGGUACCUAAGAGGGUUUUGAAGGUAGCUGUGACCAAGUUCUGUAGCGUAGGGUGUGAAUGCUACAAUUUGAGUACGGCGCGUACUAAACUGUUUCUCCUCACGAGAUAAAUGACUUGAAAUAUCGCGCAAACGCUAAAGUUGGAAAGACGUUUCUCCAGGUAGUUUUACACUUCACUUAUCACUUUAAUAAAUCAUGCUAGACAAGUAACAAUUGGCAUCCGAUGAAUUUCUGUUUUAGAUUCGUGGUAUCGUAAUCGAAACUCAGUUUGCCUCAUUGUUGUAAUAGUUUGUAAGGCAAUACUAAAAGCCAAAUGAAACCACGCAAAUUCCUCACUUAUAAUUGUCAAAUGCUUAAUGUUUAGUUAUGGAAACGUUUCAACAUUUCGGGGCAACAGUGUAAUUUAGGAUUGGAAAUUUUUUCGCAUUACCUUGGUUCAGUACACGGUCUUGAAUUAUAGACAAAAACGGAAACAACAGACUGCUCUUGGCCAAAAGAGAGUAACAAUGGCGCCAAUAUACAUACUUUAAAAGUUGGGAGCUUUUACAAGGAUUUGGGAUCAUUUGCUUCGUGGUUGUAAAGAUCAAAACUGGUAAUCAAAAUCAAACACCAGGCCGUUAACGCAAAUCUGAAGUCUAACAGGAACUAGAAGACCCUGAAGACGAGGAAAAUGCAAGUGUUAAGGUAGACGGAUUAUACAAAUACCGCAUAUCUAAAAAUGCCCACCACUACGAAAACGUGUUCUAUUUGACAAAAAGUGGAAAUCGAAGAAAUUAAAUUACAGAAAAAGGGCUAUUAUUUGCGAAAAGGCAAAGUACUCAGUGUGCUUUAAGGUGUUUCGAUACAGUUUUUCGGAGGCCAUACCGAUAUUUUUCAAUCGCCUGAAAAGGGAUUUUAUCCUUGUCCUAUCGCAAUAAAAUUUUCACCAGUGAUUGAUUACGGAUUGAAGUUUGUUAAACGUGUUUUUAACUAAAAUCAGUAUUACUAUGACAACAAUAAGCAAAAAAAUUGGAAAUUGACAAAAGCCGAAUUUUGCACAAUCUAGACCUGCUACUAAAAAUCCAACAAUAGGAACUUAAAGUUUGGUGUUUAGCAAAUAACCUCCGUGAGAAGUAAAAAAUUCUGUAUGUUUGAAUUCAAAUAAAACGUAAAUAUAUUUCAAACCUCGUAUUUUCAAUAGCCGUGAUAAAUUAUUUAAUAAAAAAGUUCUAAAUAACUGAAGUUAAUCUUAAGUAGCGUUGGAAUGCUGCUUGAUAUCAUAGUUCGAUGCUAGGAAAGUUUGGUGUAUUUUCGUUCUUGCGAUGUUGAAAACCAUCCUGCUUUCUCACCACCUGUCUAAGCGCAACUUUAUUCUAAAUCUUGACUUUCAGGGCUUUUUUGUGUAUCCCUGAAACUACUCGAACCAAUUUUUUUAAAAUUAAAUCCCAUAUUCUUUAUAAUGUAUGUAAUAAUGUCUGAAACUUUCAUUAAGAUUGAUUCACUUUAACACCUUGAAAUUUCAAGACGAACCUAGCCUACAAACCGGCCAAUAUCUGCGUUACAAUAUUCACUAUUUUGACAUUAUGCUAAUGUUUGUUAAUUAAUGCGCACGGUACAUACCUCCACGACUAGUACAUUUCAGUAUGACAAAAUAUUUGGUAAAAAAUUAAGCCGCAUAUUUUUCCUCUUUCGUUUGGUGUUUUCUGUCACACUGAAAUGUACUAGUCAUGGAGGCAUGUACCGUGUGCAUUAAUUAGGAAACAUUAGCAUAAUGUCAAAACAGUGAAUAUUGUAACGCAGGAAUACGCAGAAAUGAAGCAGCAACAAUAAAGACUGUAAUAAAGAAACCACCGAGACUUGGGUGUGACUGAGGAGAUCUUGUGGAAUUAAGCUUCGUGAAGCACAAUGUUUUGCAACGACGUGUUAGUAAACAGGCGUUACAUGUUUGGAAAAACUAGUGGAAUGAAAUCAUAACAUAAUUUUUGACUAACUAUCGCGUUGAGAUUGCAUUUUUAUUUAUCAGGGGCACCCAACGAGAAUAUAGUUCAAAACCACUUAAACAUAGCAUUGUUAAACGUAUUUUAGUAUUUAACCGGUAGAUAUAGGCAUAUUUUUAUCCCUUAAAAAUUUUUCAUCUGUUCGGAUUUCCUAGCUGAAAGUCUCGUGAUCCGAAAAUUAUAGGGAUCAAAACUUACCUUUUCGAAAAUUUCAGCCCGAAAAAAGGCUCCCGAAAAUUCUAGUUACCUUUUUAAGGUAAAAAUCUGUUAAAAAUGGGCAAUUAUACCAUUUUUUAGAUGUUCGAAAAUCCUAGGAGAGGCUAGUCUGCUACACAGCCGUUUUUAGUGUCGUCACGCAACGCUCCUCCCCACUCACGGCUGCUGAAAAUCGAACCACAUUCCUUUCCCUUUGUGUUUGUGGUCUAACGAACAAACCAAUCAUGUUUAAGAAACUUGACAAUACGUGAGCCGCAGGGCGCUAGGAGAGAAUACGCUUCUCAGUUUUCGACAAAUCAAUCAAUCGUCGCUGAAUUUUGAUGGGCUCUGUGUCUGCAAGCAACGAAAAGGUUAUUUGCAGAAAAGUUUGUUUGAAAGGGACUGUGUCACGAUAGUGCGCAUGUGUGAGCUGUGACAGUAGCUGAUUGUCUUUGAACCAAUCGGAAGCGAGUAAGAUGCACGCGACGAAAUUUACAUAAUUUAUGAUUCAUUGUUCGCGAAGAGGGAGUCUUCCGGACGUUUAUGUUCGAUUGUAUAUAUCCCCAUAAUUCAUAUUUAUUCUCUGGUAUUCCUCACAUAAGUGUUGCAGAUGAUAAGAAUAAGAUUAACAGCCCUGUCCUGCUUUGAAACAAACAUUUACCUACGUGUAUUUUUCCGUACCCACCCUAGAAAACCAGUCUCCGAUCCGCAAGCAAAAAUAAUUUGUAAACAAACCUUACUGAUCUCUCUGUUUACCCUAUAUAAACUUUGAAAUACCUGCAAAUAGCUCCUGACCGGUGAUCAAAACACACAGUAUAGGAUGAGGCAAACGUUUUGCUUAAAAUGCCAGCUAAAUGCGCGCUAUAAUAAAAUAAACCAUGCCAUGCGGUCGGCUAGCGCGAUGAACACUCUGCGUGAACACUUGAUACCGGCUGAAAAUCGUAGCAGUGUUUGAAAGCAAUUCUUAGUGCUUCAUCAUAAAACGCUUUCAUUGUAAUAGUAGCCACAUAACGUAUAAGUAUAAAGAUUAUUCUUAAAGAACAAUGCAAAAAGAGGCAUAAACAGGAUCCCAUAACUAUGGCAUAAAUUUCAAUUGCUUAUUAGCAAAUAAAAAAAUUCCUUCCGAGUCGUUGCGUCGGGCGUUCCGCGAAACAAACGUUAUCGAUUCAACACAUAAAGAAACCAGAUGUUAAAAGGAACAUUCAGGCAACAAUUUAUUUUCAAAAGAUCAAUUCUUAAACAUUUACGCUCAUACAGAAAAGAUACAAGGAACAUUCCCAGUGAACAUCAGUAAAGAUCGCGCGGCCUGCUGUUGUCAGUACUUUCUGCUAUACAGCUACGGAUCGGAGUCAUAAAUCGAAUGCCUGUUUAAACGUUUCAUGUUCGAUAGAUUGUUUCUUCAAACCUCACACGACUUCCUGUACAACAAAAGAUUGCUGGGUUUUCUCCUUCUGAUUCCAGGCACUCGAUAAAUAAAAUUGUUGCAGAAAAUCGGAAGUCAUGUAGCAGAUCAGCUUCACUCGCCGCUGCGCCCCAUUAGUAGUCCAAGGCUGUAUCGAGGAAACGCUUUUUAACUCUCUUUACAUAUUUAUCGUUUAAAAAAUAUCCUUCAAAGGUAGAUCGUUGACUGAAGAACCUUAAUAGACAGAAAUGAAAGCCAGAUGACCACAUUUGAUCCGUUUGUAGGAACACUGACAACAACGAACUUGGCUUCGUACGGUUCUCCUCAAUGACUUUGAAUUUUCUCGACAAUACUUGCACAAAAAUAGAAAAUAUGGCGUUUAAAACUUCCCAAAUGAACCAAAUAGCUCUUGAAUACUGAUAUUAUGGCUUUCUCGGGCGUCUCAGGGUCGAUGGAAGAGGAUUUCUUCACAAAACGCCAAUCUUGACAAACUGUUCGCCGGAACAGAAAUCAAGUUGCCGCACAUGCGCAGAAGCGUGUCACAGUCCCUUUAAGCGGUUAACAAAAUUCCAAGUGAAAAAGAAAAAGGGUUUGCUAGGCCUACAAGACUCUUACCAGGAUCGGUUGGUUUUUGGAACGUGCACAUGUAUGACGAAUUUCAUGUGCCGGAUGUGCUCAUUGUGUUGUUGUACAUGUGAAGACUCUGAAUAUUAAACUCUCAGGGGUACUGAGUCAAACAAAAGCAAUCUUACAAAUUUUCGAUAAGCGAUUUUCCGAAACUAUACCCGGCAACUUUAUAAGCGCAUCCAUGUUGUGCAUCAUAUUUGCUCGACUUGCUCGCUGUUGCUGCUUAUCUCAAAAAUUUUGAAAGGACUCGACUACGACAACACUACUCUAGUUGAUUGCUUGUUUUCAAGCGACGAUUUUGAUUGUUCUGUCAUUCACACAUGGGGCAACGAUAAAAGCAAAGCUGUGAUUGGAGGAGUCACCAUACCGCAAACGUGGCGCAAACACCUUCUAGAAAAUGGGAGCUAAAUUCUAAUUGGCUAAUCGUGGGAAAGGAAUGUGGUUCGAUUUUCAGCAGCCGUUAGUGGGGAGGAACGUUGCGUGACGACACUAAAAACGGCUGUGUAGCAGCCUAAGGAGAGUCGGGCAAGCAAGAGAUUUUACAACAAAUGUUCCGAAAAUUCUAGAUCUCAAAUCGUCUGCCGAACAGAUAUUUUCGGAAAAUUGACGUUGGGUGCCCCUGAUUUAUAUCUCUCGAACGUUUGAGUCUCGAACGCGAGCAAAUAUUGCUGGACUUGGAACAAUGGGCCAUUUGCACGAGGGCGUCAUUUUACUACGACGACCGGAAUCCUUUUUUCCUUUCAUAUUUAAAUUUUGUAAUCCCAGUGAGGUUCGCAGCAGUGAAAUAAUGUCAUCGUACAAAUGGCCUGUUGACCUCUGACACGAGUUUCACAUUAGAAAAGCUGUUUUUAAAGCGAGCGGAACGAGCUUUUCGGGUCGCGAGUUGGCAAAAAUCACGAUAAGUCUUCGCGCCGAAAUUUUAAGUCUAAAAUAUUACUUGUAACAAAUCUCCGUCGGCGGUGCGGUCCGAAAGGAAAUCUUGUCGAGUCAUUAUGACAGUUCUAUUGUCUUUUGAAGAAAAAACAGAUUAUGCUCGCGCGUGCACAUGAUCGGGACACUGUCCCUUUAAUACUUUUGAACAAGAACAGUACACUCAUUGAUAAAAAAUAAAGACCUUCUUUUAUAUUUUUAUUAUUCCAGCUAAGUGACAUGACAGAAUUUUUUCCUGAUGCUCCAAACGGCAGCGAAAGUCAUGCCAACGCUGUGGUGACUGUGGCAAAAGAGUUGUUUAGUAAGCUUGGAACAAAGAACACGUUCAAACCUAAGGUCUUGACCCUGGUGUCCCACAAUGGCAAAUGGUUUGUUGGAUCAUCAGUGGCAGUGAGCCAUUUCCUAAGGCCUCUCUGUUUAUACAAUCGAAUUUGUGAUUUCAAACAGAGCCUUAAGAGAGCAGUUAUAUACUAUCAGCCUCUAGAAACUGAUGAUAAUGCCCACUGGAAUUCUUCAUCAUUUUGGUUUAAGCCGAUGGGAUAUACAGCAGAAAAGCCUCCUUGUCAAAACUGCACGUUCAUGUUUCAAAACCUAUCAGGUUUCCUAAGUGGGACAGGUCAUUUGGCAAAGGAAGGUGUUGGGGAAACAUUUUUGGCGGCAUGUGGCGAAUAUCUUCCUACAAACCAGUGUCUGCCAAAUGAUGCAGGAUCUGAUGACGAAGUGGUAAAUGUUGCCCUUACAAAAUUCAAGGAUAAAUGUAAAUUAUAUUAUCAAAGCUUUCAUGAAAUUGUUUCAGGUUGCCGCUUGGCUUAUAUCUCUAAUGAAAGUGAAGAGGAUGAAAGUCGUAAAGUCGAAAAUCUGAAAAAUGCGUAUCAAACGUAUGUAAAAGAUAGAAUACACAUAUUUGGACUAAGACCCGAAUGUAAUGGUAGUUUGAGACCAUAA